UGUAAACUUAUUUUGUCAUUAAGAAUUCGUUUUUUAAAAGGUCUUCAGAAUUUAGUACCUUGGACUUUCUUUUCAGGUGACACAAAAGUGAUUCACAAGCCUGUUCAAACUGUCACAACUGGAAAAAAUGUGACUCUGUUCUGUCAGUUGGCCAAAAAUCAUGACAUUGUUCAGGUCACCUGGCAAAAAAACCAAACCAACAUAGCAACUUACAGCAAGGCUUAUGGAGCUAAAGUGUUGAGUAACCAGAGCAAUAUCCAUCUUUCCCAGAGUAAUUUGACUUUUUCUGCCAUCAUUUUCAAUGGGGUGACAUUCAAGGAUGAAGGCUGUUAUAGUUGCAUCUUCACUACAUUUCCCUUAGGACCUAUUUCAGGCAAGACAUGUCUUAAAGUCUAUGCUCUAACAGAACCUGAAAUAUAUGUAAGACAAGUUCCUAAUCCAGAUAAUAUGGAAGAAAUAAGAGAAAUAAACUGUUCAGUAACAGGAAGACCGGCUCCAGUAAUUACCUGGAAGAUGAAGAAACCUCUUCAGAUAAAGCCAAAAUCACUUAUGAUUCCACACUCAAAUAAGACAGUAACUGUUAUCAGCACAUUUACUCAAGUCUUGUCCAAGACAGCCUCAGAAAAUUCAGUAAUCUGUGUUAUUCAACAUCCAUCUUUAAACACUUCACAAGAAUUGACGGUAUCUGAAAUUGUAAACAAACAAGCCCCAAGCAAACAUCAAAGUAUUGUUAUUGCAGCUAUCUUUAUACUGGUUUCCCUAUUUCUCCUGGGGUUAUUUAUCUUUUUCAUAUACCGGCGAAAGAGACGAGCACUAGUAGAAAAACAGCAAGAUCUUCCAUGCUGGGUUGUUUGACUUUGUUCUGGAAGAACGUUAUGUAGAAAAAAUUGCUGCACAAAGAAAAAAGACCCUGUGGAAUCACUUGCUGAAAGAAAGUUUCUGGACACAUGAAACAUUUCUUUUCUUUUUUUAACGUCAAGUUUUUUAUUUAUAUAUAAAUGUUUUGAUACAUGAAACAUUUGUACAUAAAACGUUGAAAUCGUAAGAUGGAAAGGCAUGAAUACAUAGCUCUGAGACCUUGCUCUAUGCACAGAGAGGAACGGGCAGCCAGCAGGCUGGUUAGCACCUCAAGGCCCUCUCCUUGUCUUUUAAUUAAUUUUUAGCAUUGCUUGCCUCUUUUAAAUAUUAUAUACAGUUUUUAUGCUUUUAAUCUGCAGCUCUAUAACUGUCUGGUUCAGUUCUGCAACCCAACAAGAAAGAAACAGACUUCAGAGGAUAAUUAAAACUGCAGAAAAAACAAUUGCUACCAAUCUGCCUUCCAUUGAGGACUCGUAUACUGCACGAGUCAAAAAGAGGGCUGUGAAAAUAUUUACAAACCCGUCACAUCCUGGACAUACACUGUUUCAACUCCUACCCUCAAAAUGACCCUACAGAGCACUGCACAUCAGAAUAACUAGACACAAGAACAAUUUUUUCCCGAAUGACAUCACUCUGUUAAACAAAUAAUUCCCUCAAAUUGUCAAACUAUUCACUAAGGCUGCAUUACUAUUACUAUUAGUCUUCUCACCAUUCCUAUCACCCAUUUCCUCCCAUGACUGCAACUUUGUUGCUUGUAUCCUUACGAUUUAUAUCAAUAUUAUUUUCUGAUUGCUUAUUUGUACCCUAUGACUAUCAUUAAGUGUUGUACCUUAUGAUUCUUGACAAAUGUAUCUUGUCUUUUUAUGUACACUGAGAGGAUAUGCACCAAACACAAAUUCGUUGUGUGUCCAAUCACACUUGACCAAUAAAAGAACUCUAAUUCUAAUUCCAAUAUUAUAUUUAUAUACUGCCCAGACUCCUUCUGUGAGAGAGAUGGGCGAUUCCUUAAUAUGCUAAAUAAAUAAAUAAGAACAAUGAUAGUUUCCCUAUGAAUACUCCUUAUUCUAGAUUUUUUUUUAAAAAAAAUCAGGUAUUGCUUAUGUGUUUACAAUUAAUGUUUAUGAGUUGUAUUCUAUGUAAGGCAAAUUGAUAACCAGAAAUUAAGCUAAAUAAUAUAGUAACAUCCAAUAAAAA